UUGCCGUAUUAUUGGCGCCAAACUUCCCUGGCUGGACGCGCUACCACAAAAAGUAACGCCAUCCCAGAAUGGAGGAAAAGAAUCGAGGACCGUAUCGCAAAGGCAAGGGCCCUUAUCGGCAGACUGACAAGCUUCAGGUCGGGUAAUAAUAGACCGAGGAUUAUGCGCACCGUUAGGAUGGCGUUUGCUGGGACAAAUAUCAGUUUCUCCCAGCCGGAUAUCACGCAGAAACUAACGGAGCGCAUAGACGACCCGAAGCAAAAGAUCGCUGCUUGGGGGAAGCGGAUUCGACGAUUUUCCGAGGGGUCAAGGCGGUUCAACCAGAAUCGUCUCUUCCAGAGUGAUCAGAAGAGGCUCUAUAAAUUAUUGGAGCGACCAAAGGUAUGUGUAGCGGGCCAAGGACCGGAUCAGGCUGACAUUAUCGCAUUCUGGCGUGGCCUGUGGUCAGAGCCCGUAAACCACAGUGAGGGCCCUUGGAUGGAAGUUGUGGCGAGCCAGGGUGCGAGUGUUUCGCCUAUGGACCCCAUCACCAUAACGCCAGAAGACGUGGCUGAGGCGGUCCGUAGGGCCCCGAACUGGAAAAGUCCGGGGCUCGACGGGCUGCAUCAUUACUGGCUGAAGGGGUUCGUAGUGUGUCACGCUGUGCUCGCCCGACAGUUUCAAGAGGCUCUCGAACAGAAGUCACUCCCGAGCCUCUUCACUACUGGGAUCACUCACUUGGUUCCUAAAGAUCAAGAUACCACAGACUUGAGCAAAUCACCACGUGUCUACCAUCAUCACGUGUCUACCGACAAUAUAUAA